AUGUACAUUCCACAUACAUCAGAUCUUAUUAUAUCAAACAGUACUUUACAUUCAACAAAUACUAUUACUAUUAUGAAUACUAAUAUGAAUGAACAAAAUACUAUUGAAUUAUGUAAAUUACAAAAAUUUAAUAAAAAUGAAAUCAAUAAUGAUCAUGAUUUUGGAAAUUAUUCUAAUCCAGAUCAAAUUUAUUCCAUAAAUAAAAAUUUAUUUAAAUAUGAUUUUGAUAAAUUUAAUACAUCUUAUACAAUUGAUUUGAAUACUCAAUUAACACCGAUUAAAUUACAUAACAAUACUACUAAUAAUAGUAAUAGUAAUAAUAAUGAUAAUAGUGGUAAUAUUAAAAAAUCAUUACCCCCCGACUUAUCAAUGAAUUAUCAAACUGAAUUAAUUGAACGAAAUACAAAAUCUUUUAAUUUUAAAAAAGAAACCGUACAUCACAAAAUAAUUGAUAAUAGUAAUAAUAACAUACAUAAUAAACAUGAUCAUCAUAAUCAUUUGAAUGCUCUUAGUAACAAUGUAUUUAUCUCUGAUAGUUUUAUUCAUCCUAUUACUAUGAAUUCAACAUCAACAACAUCUUCUGUGUUACAUUCAACUCAUUCACAUCAUAAUGGGAUAGUUUCUAAUAACUUACCAAAAUCAAAACAUCAUCAGCCAACAAUAAAAAACUUUAAUGAUCAUAUAAAAUCAAAUUUUGAUAUGUAUGAACCAAAUAUGAAUAAUUCAUUAACAAAUAAAAAAUUAUCAUGUCGUCCACAAUUUAAUAAACGUCAACGACGUCAAAGAACACAUUUUACUAGUCAACAAUUACAAGAAUUAGAAGCAACAUUUGCUAGAAAUCGUUAUCCUGAUAUGAAUUUACGUGAAGAAAUAGCUACAUGGACAGAAUUAUCUGAAGGUCGUGUAAGAGUAUGGUUUAAAAAUCGUAGAGCAAAAUGGCGAAAACGUGAAAGACAUCUAGAUGUUGUACUACGUGGAACUAUAAAUAAUCCUUUUGCGCCUUUAAUUCGUUCUGGAGUUGGUCAUCUACCUAAUGGAUUUGUCAAUCAUCCAAUAUAUGGGACGACUGGACAUAGUUUUCCAUCAGCACGACAAAAUCAAUUGUCUAAUACAACUUUAACAUUUUCACAACCACAAGUAUCUUAUUUUCAAAAUUCCUCUACGAAUAAUUCGCGUAAUUCGUAUCCAUUUGUAUCUAAUUUACCAUGUGAUAAUGUAUUACCAAGUUUGAUAAAUAGAACUAGCCCGAAUUCUCUAAAUCAACCUUUUACUGAUUUUACAAAUGAUAAUCGAAGUGAUACAGAUGAGUUUCAUAGUUAUCAUCUUGGAUUGCCAGGUACAUAUCCGUUUAAAUCUAUCAGCAAUGGUAAUAAUAAUAAUAAUAAUAAUAAUAAUAAUAAUAAUGAGUUAAUCUACUCUAUUCCAUGCUGUAUGUCACAGAAUGAAACAAAUUUACACGUGGGAUUACCGGUAUGUUUACCCCAUUCAACAUGGAUAACUAAUUUCAGUAAUACUGAUUAUAAUAAUAAUAAUAAUUUGCAAUCUACAGACUUCAGUGCAGCAGCUUUUGCCGCAUCAAACAUGUUGAAUACUUAUUCAUCAGUAAUUCAUGGAAUCAAUUCAACAAAUCUACUUGGUUUCAAUACGAAGAAAAAUCCUAAUAAUUACCCGUCUUUUACUUCAGCAAAUUCAUUUUUAUCUAAUGAAACAAUCAAUCAAACAGUUAGUCCACUAUUAAAUUAUUCAAAUCACUUACAAAAUACAGGUUUACGACCAUUGGAUGUAUCAUUCACUACUGAAAAUACCAUCACUAAAAGUAGUUGUCUUGGAUCGACGUUACUUUCAUCAGAAACAAUGUCAUCGAUGGGAACAACACCAGUGACAGGAUUGACAAGUAUACCUAAUUGGCCAUCUAUCAACAAGCCUAUGAAUUCAAAUCAGUACAUAGAUGAUUUUCCGUCAAUAAAAAUGAAUACACGUAUAGAUGACGAAAUCAAAUUUCAUUCAAAACAAUUUUUAUUUGAUGAUAUAAAUAAUUCAUUGAAAACAUUCAAAGAUACCAAAGAUUAUGUGAAAACGUCAUUUACAAGUGAAAAUAAACCUUCUUUGCAACAAGUAAUGAAUGCCGAUCAUAAUACUACUAAUAUAAGUAAUAUGCAUGAUUCAGAACUAACUAACAAUAUACAUUUUGAUAACUUUAUUCAUCCUUUUAUUGCAAAAAAUGAAACGUAUUUUAAUACAAAUGAAAGCACUGAAUCUAUAGAUUGCAUGAAUACAAAUCGCCAUUUCUCGUCAUCACCGAUCUCAUCGUCACCAUCAUCCACAGUACCUUCAGUAUUAAAUUCAAUAUCUACAAAGAAAUAUGAUUACUUACAAUUAAUGAAUUCAUCACAAUCAAAUGAAAUAUUUUUUGAUAGUACCAACCAUCGUAGAGUAAAUGAACAAAAUUUCAAAUUAGAAGAACCAUUAUCUAUAAACAAAUCAUUGAUUCAAUAUCAUCCGUAUCGUCAACAUAUACGUCCAACACAAUCACAAUCAUUUCAACACCAGAUAAAUGAACCUGUACUUAUGAUGCCUGGUAGUACAAAUAAUUUUUCAUUUCUACCGACUGCAGCUAUGAUGGCCGCAGCUGCUGCCGUAAAAAUGAAUACAAAUGUAUGUAAUACUACAAAUUUUAAUGAAUCAAAAACUUUAGUAAAUAUCAUGUCAAAAACUUGUACGCCAACUGAUACAAUGACUAAUCCAACAUUAUCAGAACGAUAUACAAAUUUAAGUAAAUUCCCUACUGUAACAGACACAAUUUUAACAGACGCUUCAAGAACAACAACAACAGUAUCAUCAUCAUCUUCUUCAUCAUCGAAUAUUAUAAAUGAUAAACAAACUAACCAUGGAAAUUAUCGAAAUUCAAUGUUCACUCAUUAUGUUCUACCACAAACCAUUCAUGAAACCAGUCAAUUGAAUGAAGUUAAUCCAAUUUCAAAUUCAAAUAUUUAUCAAUUCUAUAAUUAAUAUUUGGAAAAACAAAACAAAACGAGAUAGAAUAUUAAAACAAUUGAGGGGAAAAGAAAAAUUUGAAUGAUCUGAAUAUCUUCCAGUCACUUUUUGUCAUAGAAACAAAUAAGUCCAUAUGAAUUUAUGAAAAAACAGCUAUCUUAUGUUCAUGUUGUAUGUAUAAUAUGAUCAUUAAUUAGGUAUUAAAUGGUUGACAACUGCGUAUACAAAUGUAUUUGGAUAUAGAUAUUUUUAUUCUUCUGUAAAUGUAUUCAAUGUAUAUUGUGGUUAUUAAUUUUUUUUUCAACCAUUUACAUAUUCAACUAUUUAACAUUCCAUUUUGUUCAAACAAAACAUUUUCUGAUUGUCUUUAAU